UUUUAACUAUAAUUUUGAAAAUGGAUUAUUCUUAUAUGGGCAUAAAACGAACAAGGAAUGCACCUGGGAGUCGGAGCUUUACACAGAUUAUUGAUGGGUUAAAUUAAGAGGAAUAGUACGAAAGAUAGAAAAAGAUAUAUUGCAAAAAGCAAACAAAUUAACAUGAAGCUACAAAUGAUAAAAGAUACAAUCAAAUAUUAUAAUUAAAAAACUAAAAACAAAAGAAGGACUUUCAAAAGACAAAAUAGAAAAAGUUAUCCAAAUCUUCAAAAACUCAAACCUCCCAAUCAAAAGAAAACCUCCAAACCCCUCCCACCCCCUAAAAGACGAAAAACUAAUCCUAAACCUAAAAACCCACCCACUAAGCCUCAUCACCCCCAACCCACCCUCAAACCCCCCAAAACUCCAUCCCCACCACAACUCAACUUUAAUCCCUACCUCCACUCCUAUCCCCCUCCCCCCUCCAUUCCACCCCCAAAAUCCCCACAUCUCCUCUUCCCAGUACACCACUCCAGCUCAGUACAGCCAUACAGCAGCCAACCCAAGGAAUUAGUCGUCAGAGAAGUCAGGGAAAGACAAAAGGGUUGGAAGAGAGUGGGAAUGAGGGUGUUGUGCGAAGUGGAAGUCAAGGAAUUAAUAGGCGUUUUAUAAGAGCUAAUAAGGGAAGGGGUAAACAAAGGAAUUCUGAAAAUAAAACGAAUAAAAAAGGAAGGGCUACAAUUUUGGGAUCUUUAUAUGAAAAGAUGUGAAUAUUAAAAAUGCUGAAGAAAGACUACUUCAAAGACAUGAAAUGGAGGAAACUUAAGUUCGAUCCUUCAGAGAUAGACCCCGACUACGCUCUCUCUGGGAUGCUUAUUGAUAAGCAGUUGUUGUGGAAUGGGUAUUCUAGGUGGCAGGAUCCAAGAGAAAUACAUAAGAGCAGCGAUGGAUCAAAGAGGAAGAAUAAGUCAAAAGUUAAGAAGAUGAUUCAGAAAUUGGAGGGGAGAUAUUUGGGAAGUAAAAAAAAUGCCAAAAUUCACAAUUGGAGAAGCCUUAGCAAAGCUUAUACUGAGAAAGAAAAGAUUAAUCUCUCUACAUUUUGUGAUGAAGAGCCUCUUCAAAUGCUCCAUCAUUCUACCAAAUUCUAACUCUAAAAACCAUCUCAAUAAAUCACAAAUACUCC